AUGGCGGAUAGAGACAGCGGCAGCGAGCAGGGCGGCGGCGGCGGCGGGGCGCCGGGCUCGGGCCCUGGCGGCGGGGGGGGCGGCGGGCCCGGCAGUAGCGGCGGCGGCGGCGGGGUGGGCCUCCAGCACGAGACGCAGGAGCUGGCCUCCAAGCGGGUGGACAUCCAGAACAAGCGCUUCUACUUGGACGUCAAGCAGAACGCGAAGGGCCGCUUCCUGAAGAUCGCGGAGGUGGGUGCGGGAGGCAGCAAGAGCCGGCUGACGCUCUCGAUGUCAGUGGCGGUGGAGUUCCGCGAUUAUCUGGGCGACUUCAUCGAGCACUACGCGCAGCUGGGGCCCAGCCAACCGCCGGAGCUGGCGCAGGCCGCGGACGAGCCCCGGCGGGCCCUGAAAAGCGAAUUCCUGGUGCGCGAGAACCGCAAGUAUUACAUGGAUUUGAAGGAGAACCAGCGCGGGCGAUUCCUGCGCAUCCGCCAGACAGUCAACCGCGGCCCAGGCCUCGGCUCCACACAGGGCCAGACCAUCGCCUUGCCAGCGCAAGGGUUGAUCGAGUUCCGCGACGCCUUGGCCAAGCUCAUCGACGACUACGGCGUGGAGGAGGAGCCGGCCGAGCUGCCCGAGGGCACCUCCUUGACGGUGGAUAACAAGCGGUUCUUUUUCGACGUGGGCUCCAACAAGUACGGCGUUUUCAUGCGGGUGAGCGAGGUCAAGCCCACCUACCGCAACUCCAUCACCGUCCCUUACAAGGUGUGGGCCAAAUUCGGACACACUUUCUGCAAGUACUCGGACGAGAUGAAGAAGAUCCAGGAGAAGCAGAGAGACAAGCGGGCCGCCGCCGCCGCCGCAUCCUCCUCCUCCUCCGGCGGAACAGAGCAGCAGCCAGAGACCGAAAUCAGCAGCAGCACCGCUAUCCCCACUGGCCCGCCCGGAGCCUUGCUGCAGGCGGAGGAGCCAGAGGAGGAUUGAUCUCCAUCUAUCUUUCCUCCCUCCUCUCCACAUCCCUCCUUCCCGUUUGGCUGCCUCCUCCCUGCCCUGCUGCACAGAGACACUGGUAAUAAUGACAACAACACACAGAGAAAGACUUUAUACUGUAAGGGAGAGAAAGAGAGAGAAAACCAACAUCCACAAGCCGAAAAUAAUGCAUACCGUUAAAUAUACCUGUUAUAACUCCAAGGGGAGCACCAUCUACCUAUCCACCACCAAAACUGACAGCCGAGCAAGCAACUUCUUUCUCUCCACCCCAUCGCUGGAUUGUUCCUUCCACUCUUGCUCAUCGUAUAAAACAACUUUUACCAGUAAAUAUCGGUUUAUUCCUGAAACCAGAAGCCCUAAACAUAUCUUUGUUUAUAAGGUAAGAAGAAUAAUGGGAACUACUCUGGAAAUCAGUGCUUGUUCUGAAAAUCUUUUCUUCUCAAGAUGAGGUACCUGCACAAAUAAUCCAGGAAGUUCAGAAUGUUAUUGUCUCUUGAGAAAUAAUGACUGCUGGAUGACUUUUGCUAUCUGAAUAUAGGGGUACUGUUAAAAUUUAUAACCACUUUUAAAAUAAUGGGAUUUCCUUUUUCUCACAAUGGUGCACAUCAUUGUAUUUGAAUGGAAAGAUUUGACAGGGCAAAGUAAUCCUAAAUACCUUUCCUUUCUGGAUAUAGAAUGUUUUGCACAUGUCAAUUUUCUGUAAAGAUCAGAGCAAUGUUUCUCUUGUCUGCAUAUUUUUGCUAGUUAAUAUUUAUUAGAUGUGCCAAGCUCCAUUGGAUAUAUUUUUCUGUAACUUCUGAAAUUAUUAAAUAACCAUAUACCUGUAUGAGUGCACACAUUAGAACACUGGAAUGUUGAACUAAGCAUUUUUAUGUAAAUAAUUACUAUCCUUCAGUUGCAGAAUAAAGCCUGGAUAUCAUCUCAUAACUGUUGUAUUUUGCCCUAAUGGGAAAUGUUCAGACAUUCUGUGAUGUAUGUACUUGUGCCACUGUUUAUGUGUAACUACUAAUUAUAAAUUGUAAACAUGCUUGUUUCGUUGUUCAGAAUAGUAUUUCUCUUGUUGAAAAUAUUUUCAGUUAAAUGUGAAAAGGAAUUUAUUUAUUUUUUUAAGAUUGUCUUGCAAGGUCUGUUUUCUCUACUUUUUUCCUAAAAAAUAGUAGGGUAAAGAUUGGAAUUUUGUCUAGUUUUUCACUUGAUAGACCAAAGUUACUAUUGACACUGUCUUGCAAUGCUGAUCAAAUGUAUAUCUUUUUGCACUUUAAAUGAAUAAGAAAUGAGGAAAAUCAAAGUGUCAAUUGUACAUACAUUCACUGUACAGUGAAUGUAUACCAUUAGUUAAUCUGUUUUUAAACAGAAUAUUUUCCUUUGUGGGAAGGGGAAUACUCAAGCAAUGUAUUUGCUAGUCGAUAUAAAGUGU